AUGCGGGGGAGAGAUAGUGAAGGCGUGGCCCGGGGCUGGAUGGAAGUGGAUAUCAGUGAGAGCUAUUUAGAGAUGAACUCAGCAGGCAUGAUGCUCAGAUCUCUGGUGUCAGCAAUGCUCUUCCCUGAACUAGGGGACAUGGCUAGACGAGUCGGACCCGAGGCUCAGGAUCACUUGGUGGGGCUGAGCUUAGAGAAACUGGAAAGAGCCCGAGGGGCGCCGUCCACACUGCCCAGGAGUGAGCGGGUUGCAGAACCAGCUUCCGGGAUUUUUGGCCUAGGUCUUUGCCAUUAUCCUGUUCCCAUGGUAGCAGCAGCAUUUAUGGUCCCUGGACAGGGCCAUGUGAUCUUUGAGGAUGUGGCUGUGUCCUUCUCCCAGGAGGAGUGGGGUCUCCUUAACGAUGCUCAGAGACUCCUGUACUGUGAUGUGAUGCUGGAGAACCUGUCACUUAUAGCCUCCCUGGGUUGUUGGCAUGGAGUAGAAGCUGAGGAGGCCAUUUCUGAACAAUGUGUUUCUGUAGAACAAGUGAAAGAAGACAGGAAUCCAAAGCUGGAGCCAUCUAUCCUGAAGCCUCUGACUUCGGAUACGAGUGUCCUGGUGGAGAAAGAUGUUUUGUACUUGGCUGACAAUAUGUUCACGUGCAGAGAGGUUGAGAAGGCUUUCCUAGGCAGCUUGGGCUUUCCUCAGCAUCAGUCCUCCCAUGAUGGAGAGCAUCUACAUAGCAGCAGGCAGAGAAGGGAGGUGUCUCACCCUGGGCAAGGGCAUCACAAGUGCAGUGAAUGUGGCAAAGCCUUCGUAAAAAGUUUAAAUUCACAGAGCACCUGA